AUGAAGUUCACUGCUGUUCUCGCCACUGUUGCUGCCCUCGCAGGCUCUGCAAAUGCAUUUUAUGGUCAGAUGGCCGCAUCCGCUUACGAGUUGAAUGAGGGUGGCAACUACCAAAUCAUCUAUCUUACCGACUACAACACCGGUUCAACUUAUCAGGGUACUCUCUGGGGAGGAUUCAACGCCUGCACUUCCACUGAGUGCAGUGCUGGCUUCUCUGAGACUAGCCCUGGAGGCUAUGACUUCACUGCUGCUCUGUGGCGUACCAGCGAUGGCUGCCACAACAUCGACUUCAAUGGCGCUUUCUCUGCUGGACACGGUUACUGCUGUGGCUCUCUGCCCUGUGACUUCUCUGCAUAG